AUGUCCUUCUCAGUCCAUCCUCGAAAGACUAGCAAAAGACCUUUUCCAUUGGAAUCUCUUCUAAUGCCACAAGUUCCACGUAGCAACUACUUACAUUUUCAGGAAGAGAAGCAAAGACUACAGCUAAAAAAAUUCCUUCUCCAUAGGAUGUUUCUAGUGGCCAAGAUAACAGCAAACACAGAAAGAAAAGAUAUUGCUGAAUACUAUGAUCAAGUGUUUCAGUCAAUUUUGAAGCGUCACCUAGGAGAAGCAGUGACAGGAUUAUUACUCCUAUAUCCUACCUCCAUUUUGCAUAUCCUUGAGUCCUGCAAUGGUACUCUUUACCGAAUUCUCCUAGAUUAUAUUAACAGAGGAAAGAAUGAAACAGAAUUUUUUAUCCAAGGAAUGAAAAUUAUAGUCGUGUCUCAUAACAUCCCAGCAAGGCUCUUCAUGCAAUGGCAUGUUUCAGUAAUAAAAGUGCCAGUCAUGUAUCUUGAUGAUGUGACACAGUCACAGUCCCUAGAAGAGGUCAUAACAGAAUUUCUCAUUCAAACUCAUAAACUGGCACUCCAUCUUUUUAAGACCGUCAAAGUGGGCACUAAAGGACCAGGCGAUAACUUGCACCAGGUUGCACCGGAAUUACUCCUCCCAGAACAAAUAAUAAAGUAUUUGUGCAAAUCUGAGGAAUUCAUGGACCCAGAAACUUUCAUAAACAUGUAUAAUAAACCCAUACAUAUCACUUUGGAUUCUGAGGUGGUAUGGCCCGCUCCCUCCCGUUUCUAG